GUUGUAUUUACGUAUCUGGUGACGUCAUCACGCCUCCUUCAAGCCCUGGGUGUUUGGUGGUCUGAGGUCUGUGUUGUUGUCCUUUUGCUUGCACAGAGAGGGGGUCAACGGGGCAGGCUUUAUGGUCUUGCUGCACAACACAGACCGAAUAGAACACCGAAACGCUCGACGUCUAGCGACGGGAAAUGGACAACAGUAAACGGACUGUGGUCGUUACAGGUUUUGGGCCAUUUGGAGAGCAUACGGUCAAUGCCAGCUGGGUUGCGGUCCAGGAGCUGAAGAAGCUUGGGCUCGGCACUGAAGUGGACUUGCAGGUCUGCGAGGUUCCAGUGGAGUACCAAACAGUGCAGAGUUUAGUUCCGUCACUAUGGAAGAAGUAUCACCCAAUGCUGGUUGUUCAUGUUGGAGUAUCAGGCAUGGCCACUACUGUCACAUUAGAGAAGUGUGGCAGAAAUCAUGGCUACAAGGGCUUGGACAACAGCAGCUUCUGUCCUGAUUCACAGUGUUGCAUUGUGGGCGGCCCAGACUGUAUCGACUCCGUUAUUGACAUGGAAUCAGUCUGUAAGAGAGUGAAUGCCUCUGGGCUGGGAGUUGCUGUGUCUGUCUCUAAAGAUGCUGGAAGGUAUCUGUGUGACUUCACCUAUUACACCUCCCUGUACAUGAGCCACGGUCGCUCGGCCUUCAUUCACGUGCCCCCCCUUGGCAAGCCGUACAGCGGUGAAGAUCUGGGCCGCGCGCUGCAAGCCAUUGUCCAGGAGAUGCUGGAACUCCUGGGUAACGCCAAGGAGCAGAUUCACUGCCAGCAACACUUCCACUAAGUGACCUCUCGAUGCCAGCCAGCCUCUCCAGCCACGCAAGACAAAUUGCACUCAACCACAAGUAGCCAAGUUCUGUCUUUUUCUUAUCUUUUCUUAUAUAAUGAAAGCUUCAGUGUGUUUCACUCUCCUUGCUUUGAUUUGACUAUUUUGUCCCUCAAUAAUCAAGAAAUGUUCUGAGAUUGUCCCACUUUAAGGUGAUUUAGAUGUGUGAAUAUGUUUAGAUUUACCUCCAAAGCACAGGAAGCUUUGUUGUUCACAAAAACUGCAGUUGCUACAGAGUGUAGCAGAUUCAACACAGCAUGACUCCAAAUGUGGCUACUCGUAUUGCACCUUAUAGUGUUAGGGUUAUUGACAUGGUUACAGAAGUCACAUUUGGCAACCUUAAAUGAGCUGAAAAGGACUUUUUCAGCCAUUCAUUGCUGAAUUUUUGCCUUAUUCAUAUUACCAAAGCUUCCAGGUUACUUCUGAUAUUUCUUUUUCUCAAUACAUCACUCGCCACAAGUCGGCAGAUUAUCAGUGUGUGAACACUUAUAUGUGAUUCAAUAUAUUCAUGUAGAAAUCUUUAGCAUAAACCAUGCAGUUCCUUUCAUAUAUUCUCUCGAUCUUCUCCUAAUUCUAUCUGUGCUAUUUCACAUUUGAUGUUGAAUUGUUUCUGGACUCGUUUUCUUUAUAAGAAGUUGUGAAUUUACGGUACCUUCUUUUACAAAGGUGAUUUGAAAGUGGGAACGGGUUGGUUCCGGCUCACAUUCCCUCAGUUUUGUUGCCCAUUUCUGACCAGUAGCCAAGAAUUCAGCCCCCGGAGAUCUGAUCAAAGGUUGUGCAAUAUGAUGUUAACACAUCUCCUCCAGUUCUUUUGGUUUACUAGGCUGCACGAUUAUUCGAAAAGAAAAAAAAAAAUCAUUGUGUCUGAUGUCUAACCAAUAAAAUUGGACAGACUGUCGUUUGAGGCAUGUCCGUCUUACAGUUCUGAGGUCGGGGAUUUGAAUCCAGACACCGGCCCUCCUGUUUGUGGAUUUUUCAUGGUUGAUAGAAGACUCUCAAUUGCGGAUGUUAAUGUAAAUGGUUGCCUGUCUAUAUGUGCCCUGUGAUUGGCCGGCGACCAGUUAAGGGUUCAGUUUUAAACUCAGCCAUGACCGUGGAUGAGUGAUGAAGCAAAUGAAUGGAUGUAGAAAAAAAAUCCCACCAGUACGCUGUUUUUCCCUACCCCAAAUUGUGCAGCCUGUAACCAUUUUCAUUUUUUAAAGGUUCCAAAGGUCAUUUACAGCUGCUCAAGUAACACAACAAACCAUGCGACAUCCAUGGGACAUUGUGUCAAGUCAGAUUUGGGCCGGAAAUUAUGGUUUCUAUAGCACUUUCUUGUUUUUCCACUUUUAGUUGAUUGCUCUUACAAUACGGUGCUGAACAUAGAGGCUUGCACCCCAACAUACUCGCGUAUACAUACUCGUAUCCUUGGAGUUCUUCUCAAUGUUUUCUAUGGCAUAGUGUACUACAAAAUGCUGCCAUGAAUGUGGGCCAUCGAUUGAAGAUGAGAUUUGUCAGUGUGCACACAUGAGAAUGGCAUUUUUCUAACUGAUUCAAUUAUGGUUGCAAAAAUACACACCAAUAAAAGACACUCCUUAGAUUUUUUUUUUAAUGUAACAGUUUUACCAAGGAUUUGUCCUAUCAAAAUUCUGAAAAUGUUUCAUGUCUACUGAUAGAUAAAAAGCUUCUUUUUCAAGGUGGUGUCCGCCUUUAUAUUGAGUAGUGUAUGUUACCUAAUAGACAAACAUCCAUUGUAGAAAGUAAUUGCCGUCAAUGUUGUACCUUUGAGUUAUUUUGCUCAAUAAUAUUAACGAAUGUAGCAAAUCCCCCGAGUCCAUGUUGGUGCCACUUCCAGGUUUGAAUGUGAUUCUACUUCUAUGGCUUUUUUUUGUCUUCUGUUUGACCAUGUACAACAAGGGUGUCAAACUCAGGUCCGGGAGGGCCGCUGUCCUGCAUGUUUUCCAAGUCGCCCUGUUGCAACACACCUGAUUGAAAUGAUCAGAUCAUCAGCAAACACUGUGGAAACCUGACAUUGAACCUGUUCAUUUGAAUCAGGUGUGUUGUAACAGGGAGAUUUGGAAAACAUGCAGGACAGCGGCCUUCCAGGACCUGAGUUUGACACCUAUGAUGUACAACAUUGGUGGUUCAUCACCAUGACAUUGAAAUCUGAUUUUCGAACAGAGUUGUGUAUAGUUUCUACAACCUGAAUGCCUCAAAUGGUUAUUAUGUAUGUGGAAAAGCUGAAACUUUGGAGUAAAUAGUUUUGGCUAGAAAACUGACCCAACACUGUCUUGUGUUGCAGCUUAUACAGUGUCUUGAGAAAUUAUUCAUCCCCAGUUACUCCAGCCCAUCACAAACUGGAGUGUAUUUUAUUUGAUAGACCAACACAAAGUUGCACAUAAUUGUGAAGUAGAACGAAAGUGAUAUAUGGUUUUCAAAAUUUUAAGCGCAUAUAAAUCUGAAAUGUGUGGUGUGCAUUUUUAUUCAGCACCCUGUACGCUGAUACCCUUUAAUAGAAUCCACUGCAAACAGUUGCCAUCAUAAAUCGGGUUAUUAGUAAAUACAGAAGUUCAUUUAGAUGUAAUUUACUAUUGAGUAUCAAUGCACAUGUUCUGUGAACUGCCUCAGCGGGUUGUUAGAGAACACAAGUGAACAAAGGCAUCAUGAAGACCAAGAAACUCUCUAGACAAGUCAGCGAUAAACUUGUGGGGAAGUUUAAAACACUGUUUGAUUACGCACACUCACACAAACUUAUAUUGCAGAUCCCCGGCCCAAGCACAUAGACAAGGCAUUGUUACAAAAUAAUGCUCACAACCCUGAGGCUGGUCAGAGUUGAUGGAAGCAUAGAUGGAGCAAAAUAAAGGCCAAUCCUAGAAGAAAACCUGUAGCAGACUGCAGAAGAUUUAAGAUUGGGGAAAGUCAUUAAUCUCCCAGCAAAACAAUGACCCUAAAGCCAGAGGUAUAAUAGAAAGGUUAAAACAAAGUGUUUGAUUGGUCCAGUCAAUCUCCAGACCUAAAUCCCACUGAGCACCCGUGACAAGACUUUGAAAAAUGUUGGGUGUUAGAGACUCCCCAAAAGACUUGCAGCUGUACAAAGUAUUGAUGCCCGGGUGCUGAGUACUAAUGCAUAACACAUUUCUUUUUCAGAUUUUUAAUUGUCUAAUAUUUUGCAAACUAUCAGAAUUAUUCCUUUCACAGUGAUGUGCUACUUUUUUUGUUUGCGACAUUCAUACAAAAUCAUUAACGAAUAGUGUGAGGGUUGUAGUUGUAAGGUGAAAAAAUGCCAGGGGUAUGAACACUUUUUCAACGCACUAUAGGGUUGUCUGAUGCCUUUCGGUUCUAGUUUGGCUUAAUCCAUGAGUAAGGCCACUCAAUUCAUUUUCUUUUUUUUUUGUCAUUAAGUAGCAAUCAGUAACCUGUAAUCAGUAACUUGUACAGUACUUGGCACAUUUAUUAAACCACAACACAGUGUAUGGUUUAUGGCAAAUCUGCCCUAAAUUAAUAUCACUCGUAAUUACCGGUAAUGUAAUUCUAAUGGUAAAAAACAAAACACAAA